AUGUCAAAGUCCAACACCCUCAAAGUCCUUCUCCUCCCCUUUCCUUCAUUCGACACACUUGACCUCUACGCCCCUAUAGAAGUCCUCGGCAAAGGCGCUGCAACGGGUGGCCUCAAUAUCAUCUUUGAGAUAGCUACCGUUCAACAACCAACUCUAUCCGCGGAGAAAAUCCCCGUCUACCCAACUCGAACGAUUACUGAAGCGCUGAGGAACAUCGACGAAUACGAAAUUGUUAUUCAGCCCGGAGCCGGGAUUCCAGAGAUAGAGAAGUAUCUCGGAGAUCUGCGGACCAAUGGCUUGCAUCUCGAACUGCUGAAGUGUUUUUCCGAGUUAAAGACACCGUCGCCGCGAGGCUGUCAGCGCGUUCUAAUGUCAAUUUGCACUGGGGCGUUGAUAGUCGGAUACUCGGGCGCGUUCAGUCAUCUCACCGUCACGACGCAUUACGAGGGGCUGGAUAAAUUGAUCCAGUUUUGUGAGUUGAGAGGAAGAGGAACGACAGUCGUACCUGACAUUCGGGGUUCCCUUACCAAUGGGGAGUUUCCUGUUGAUGGAAAAGUAUCGGAAAUCGAACAGCGGGCAUGGGAUGGGUAUAAGCUCGGCCAAAAACAGAACAAGCGCUGGGUUGAUGCAGGAUGCAAUGAAUCUGGGGUCCGGGUGAUUAGUUCCGGAGGUAUUAGUUGUGGGAUUGAUGCGUCAUUGUUUCUUGUGAGUGAGUUAGAGAAGUGGGAGGAGAAUGGACAAUGCAGGAAGUUAGGGAUUGAGCAGGCACAUCUAGGGGCCAGGAUUAUGGAGUAUGCCUGGCGGUGGGCUUAA